AUGCAGGUCUGCAUCGCGAGGCUCGCGUUGAUCGUGCUGGUGUUUCCGCGAGCGGAGACCUCAUUGGCCAACGUGACGGCCGAGCGCGCGAUCGUCACUCGCAACUCGCGCUUCCGACCGCUGCUGGCGAAGAGCUCGGAGCGCCUGGUCUACGCGUCGUUCCCGGCCUAUCCCCGGCCGAGGAUCAAGCUCGAGACCGAGCGGGCGAGCGAGUUGCCGUGCGAGCUGGACCUGCCGGCUACGGGCGACGUCGAGUAUCCAUUGAGCUUCGACAAUCUGGCCAAUGGCAAGCUCGUCCUGUCGUUCGUCGCCUCCAAGGACUCGCUCUACCGUUAUCUGCUUGUACUCGUGGUCGAUCAGGCCGAGUGCCAGUUUCUGGCCGUGACGACGAUGCUCGACCAGAGCCGCGACGAGCAGAUGGCCCAAGAUUCCGUCUUCGUGGUGACCGGCGAGGAGGAGUUCGACGUGUUUCUCAAGAGGCAUCAGCACUGCGACCAGGGCAAGGCUUGCAGACUCAGGUACAGCCACAUCGGAGAGCUGAUCGGAGUCAGCGAGUUCGACAUAGCCGCGGAUGCCGAGAGUUGGACCGUCAGUUCGGUCGCCGACAGGAACUUCAGCGACGGCUACUUCUAUACCGUGACGAGCCGCCACGGCACCGUCGUCCAGCGACUGGAGCAGGACUUGCAGGUUCAGGAGGAGCUGCAGAUCAGCAGGACGUUCCUGUACUCGGCCUCGCGUGGCAGCGUCAACAGUUGUCGCGCCGUCUCGGCGACGAGACUCGAGUGCGAGCUUCGCGACGUCCAAUUGACGGGCCGCUCGCGAUCCGUCGUCGAGGCCCAGUACUUCAAGAGCUUCGUACGGGCGGUCAGGCUGUUCAACCUGUCGGAUGGCAGUGCGAUGAUCGUCUACAUUAUGCAGGUGUACGUCGAGCCGACCAACGGCAAUCGCUUCGCUACUUAUCUCCAACACCUCGAUCUCCACGGCCAUGCCGGUAACCCUGUCAAGUUUCAGGAAGACGUUUGCAAGGAUUUCAAGGACAUUGGCAUGAUUUUCGUGCGCGACAAUUUUCAUUGCUUUAGCGUCUACUGCCGCGAUACGAUCAACACCAAAUGCGCUGCCGUGCGCACGAUUUAGCCGACAUCGCAGCGAGAUCUGCCCCUCGAAU